AUUUCUGUGUUUGCCUAAACUUUCCAAAAUUCUCUGAAGCGGAACCGCUCCAGCUUGAAGAACCCAUACAUCGAAUCAACUUCACGUUCAGUUUCAGGUAAAAAUGGUUUCGUUAAGAGAACUCACAGAGCAACGAGGUAACCAGGGCAGAGAGGGGGGAGAAGCAGGGGUAUUGUCAGUGGAGCCUAUCACUAUGAUAGUGCCGCCUGAGUUGCAGGACUCACCGGAAAGAAUGGCGCCUGAGGGAAGCACCAGUUCGAGCGCUAGGGAUGAUGGUGGCGACCAGCCUACUGCGUCAUCUAGCAGCUCGUCCACUGAAGAGACACCCAUCCAGGAAGAAGUGGGGGAUCUGGUAAGCAGUGUCUCAGAUCGGCCGGUGGUUGGGGGAUGGGAAAGCGUGACGAUCCCGGGCAGGUUGAGUAACCUACGGAAAGCACCGAAGGAUCUGCCCGCUGGAUUCAGGUUCGUGGCUGCACUUCAUCACGAAGUAGCAGAUUGUACGCCCUCCAUAAGCGGGUAUAAAAGACUCGAGGAGAUGGUGAGGGCGUACCACAUCCCCAGGACCAUAUUGCUGCGAACCGGCGGGCAGAACGAAAGGGCGUGCACAGUGUCACAAACGGGCUGGAUCCCAGUGUACGUGGACCACUUCGACGCCGGCCUGCGGUUUCCCCUGCCCGGACUGGUGUUCGAUCUGCUGGCGGAGUACGAGCUGGCGCUGACGCAGCUGACGCCCAACAGCAUAAGGUUCAUUAUUGGCUUUAUGCUGUUGUGUGAGCGAUUGAGGUGUCGGCCAAGGCGAUCGUGUUCAGGUCGCUGUUUCAAUGCCGGUUGUGCCCCAACUCCCAAGGCGCGAGGUGAAAGGAUAAGCAACGACCUCGCUGCCCGGCUGUCAGAAUGGUGCACGCCCAGCGCUCAUAUUAACUACCCCCAGCUGCUGCCCCGGGAUGUCGAUCUUAAGAACCAACUGCUUGAGUACGCGCAGGGGGAGGGUCUUAUAGAUCUAGAAGCCCUGGUUACCUCGGAGCAGCUCGCCGUGUUCGGGUUUGUCGACGUGGCAAACCUGUUCAGCGAAGGAGAAAUGAGCAGCAUCCUAGAGCGCCAACGACAACGCGCCCAAGCCUCACGAGGUCGCGGGGCUAGCAGCGGGCAACCCAGGCAGACGCGAUUUGACGAGCGGCCACCCCCAGCACCUCAGUCACGUGGCUCGUCACACAGGGGAUCCAGCUCGUCGUCAAGGCCGCGAGCGGAUCACAGAUCUGAGGUUGUAGCUCCGGUCGCGCGCAGACGUGCACGCGAGGGGACGGAGAGCGAUGAGGAUGAGGUUCCCCUUGCUAGGCGCAUAAGAAGCGGGGAGACUCAGCCCGCACAGGCGGCUCGCCCUGUAACCGUGCACACGCAAAAGAGGUCACCCAUGCUAACCUAUUGCAGGUGGUGUCACAGUAAGGUGUCGACGCCUAAGUGGACACCUUCACCCAGAUCUGUUGCACAAGUUAGGCAUGCGUGGCCUCACACGCAAGGGGUAGUGGUGUGAUAUGGUAUAGACACCAAUGGUUUCCAACUGCACGUUCUAGGUGUGGGUGUGUGUGGGCUAGGCGCAUCCUAAGUGCGGGUGUG